CUCCCCACCAAGCCACCCGUACCCUUUCUUCCCCUGAGAAACUGAGUGAGAGUUGAGACAUCUCUCCCAAAACAAUCUCCUAGCUAGCUAAACUUAAUCUCUGUUUCCAAAUCCAUGGCGAGCUAGAGGUACACUGCCUAUGGAGAGUCCUUUUUACACAGCUACUGCCUGCAUCUCAUUCUCAUCCACGCAGCCACUCCAACUGAACCCAACAAAAAAGCUUUGCUUUGAGCUUGUUGUUCUAGUCUAGCAGCGGCCAUGCCGGAUUUUCUGGUGAGCGCAGCGACGGGGGCCUUGAGCCCCGUCCUGCAUAAGCUUGCUGCUUUGCUCGGCGACGAGUACAAGCGUUUCAAAGGCGUGCGUGGUGAGGUCAAGUUCCUCAUUCGGGAACUUGAAGCCAUGCACGCAUUCCUUCUGAAAAAGUCUGAAGAGGAGAAUCCUGAUGAGCAAGACAAGGUGUGGAUGAAGGAGGUACGCGAGCUCUCCUACGACAUCGACGACAGCCUCGAUGACUUCAGAGUCCGUGCUGAUGCUGAUGAUGACUCAGCCAAGGCCAAACCAGAAGGCUUCAUCGACAAAUGUAAGAAACUACUGCAAUUGGACAAGACCAAGGCCCGGCGUCGGAUUGCCAAGGAGAUUGAGAAGCUGAAAGGCCAAGUCAAGGAGGUGGGUGAAAGGAGUGCGAGGUACAAGGUCUGCGGCACGGCCGUGAACACAAGCAGCAAAGUGACAGUUGAUCCAAGAGCUCUUGCCAUAUUUGAGAAUGCUUCGAGGCUUGUGGGCAUCGAUCAACCAAAACAAGAGGUGAUUUCGUUUCUAGAGGAGGAGAAUGGGUGUUUCUCAUCACAACAACCGAAGGUAGUCUCUAUUGUGGGAAUUGGAGGAAUCGGGAAGACAACCCUUGCGAACAGAGUAUAUGAAGAGCUGAAGAAUCGAUUCCAGUGCCGAGCUUUCUUGUCGGUGUCAAGGAAUCCUGAUAUGGUUAAGAUUUUGAGAACUAUUCUCAGCAAGGUGACAGGUCGGUCUUAUUAUAAGACAGAAGUAGGGAGCAUACAACAACUGAUCAUGGAAAUCAAGGAAUUCCUUCAAACAAAAAGGUACUUCAUUGUGGUCGAUGAUGUAUGGGACAAGGAAACAUGGGAUACAAUUAAGUGUGCAUUGUCAGACAACAGUUGUGGUAGUGUGAUAAUAACCACAACUCGAGUACAUGACGUGGCCAAAGCAUGUUGCUCACUAUAUUCAGGUGGAUGGGUUUACAAACCCAAGCCUCUCCAAGAACAUGACUCGAAAAAAUUGUUCCAUAACAGAAUAUUUGGCCCUGGCAAUGAAUGCCCAGAAAACCUAGAAGAAGUCUCUAGUAAAAUCUUGAAGAAGUGUGGAGGUCUACCGCUGGCCAUUAUUGCAAUAUCUGGUUUGUUAGCUAACAAAGCACGGAAUAGAGUUCACUCAGUCAUAGAGUGGGAUCAAGUUCAAACUUCUAUUGGUCAUGGACUUGAAAGAGAUUCUACUGUGGAGGGGAUGAUGAGAAUACUAUCACUCAGUUACUUUGAUCUUCCUCAUCAUUUAAAAGCUUGCCUAUUAUAUCUUAGUACAUUCCCUGAAGAUUAUACUAUUGAGAAAAGACGUUUAGUACUGCUAUGGGUUGCAGAGGGGUUCAUUCCUGCUGAAUCUAGAUGCACCUUGUACGAGUCGGGUGAGAAGGCUUUUAAUGAGCUCAUCAACAGAAAUUUAAUCCUCCCAAAGAAAACAUAUGAGUGGACUAGAGAGGUAGACAGCUGUGUUCUCCAUGAUACAAUUCUUGACUUUAUCGUGUGCAAGUCCAUUGAAGACAACUUUGUUACAGUACUACAUAAUAUUCCAAGACUACCACCUCCAUCAGGAAUCAAGAUUCGUCGACUGAGUCUGCAAGGUAAAACUGAAGGAGAUGCGACGACCUUACACUUGAACCAGAAUUAUGCAAAUGUCCGGACAAUUAUUAGUUUUGAAUUCCCCUGUUCUUGGUUGGGUUUUAGAUUCGUGCGUGUUCUGGACUUCACGGGCUGUUGGAGAUUAUUAGAAAACCAUCAUCUUGCAAACAUUGGAGAAUUGCUCCAGCUGAGGUAUUUGAGCCUCAGUGGUACAUCGAUAACUGAGCUUCCAGAAGAGAUCGGAGCGCUACAGUAUUUGGAAACACUUAACUUGUGGGGCUGUGGCAUAAUCCAAUUACCAACAUCUAUAGUUCGACUAAAAAGACUUGUCAACCUACUGAUGGGUAGUCUGAAGCCAAACGGCUUUCCCAGUGGAAUUAAAAACAUGCAGGCAUUGGAAAUGUUAUAUACAGGAUACCUUGACAUGAAUGCAGCUGCUAUUUAUUUUGAAGAAAUUGGCGAUUUAACCGAGAUGAGGCAUCUGGCUAUUACUAUGUUACUCAUUUCCAAUUCUGGUAUUAUUGACGAGGAAAACUACGUGGAUCUUAUAAAAAAGAUGGCUUCUAUUCGUCGGCUAAGUAAGCUUCAUACUUUAGACGUAUUUUUGGGGGACGUGGGUGUUAUGCAAAAUAUGUUAGGUGGAGAAGCAGGGCAUGCUGUCAUCUUUGAUGGAGUUGACGCCAUCCUUGAGGUGCCGUGGUGCUCUCCUAGCCUAAGAAAGCUUGUUUUCAUGGUGUUUCCCAUGUCAAGGGUGCCAAGAUGGAUGAAGUCACUUGUCAACAUAGAAGAAUUAAUGCUGAGAAUAAAGAAUUUGGGCGAGGAAAGUCAUUGCAUUCUUGGUGACCUACCAGCUCUUGUCCAUCUAACACUGGAGAUAAUAAACAACGUUGAAGGUGUACACUGGACUGACAAACAACGACUUGUGGUCAGCAACAGGUAUGGAUACAGAAGCUUGAGGCAUUUCAGAGUGGCAAUAAUAGGGUUACGGUUUGUCCGUCACAGUAUCCCCAUGCUGACGUUUGAAGCUGGAUCCAUGCCAGAGCUGGAAGUACUCCAUAUUGACUUUGAUGCAGAUAUAACAAUUUCUGUGAGUAAUGGCCAUCUUGAUUUUGGUCUCAAGCAUCUCUCCAAACUCACCGAGAUCGAGUUUUAUAUAUUCGGCACCAAACUUAAUGGUUUGCGUGUACAAGAUGCCAUUAAGGAAGGACUUGACAACCACCCGAAUCCACAUCUCCAUAUUGGUUGUAACUGUAUUCUAAACGAAGACGAGUCGGAACAAGAAGACGAGUCGGAACAAGAAGACAAUGUCGUCGUCUGCACUCGAGGUGGUGAUGACAGGAUGUGCUCCUCCACCACGGAUGACAACAACGGACAGUGGUUGACUGCAGCACUGCCACUACCCACGGACCUCUCCUUCACCAUCCACCAUCAACCUUACCAUCGACAUGGCGCCUCUUUUGAGCUUGGCCAUCGACAUGGACAGCGACGGCACCGAUCGAAAGCUCGCCAAGGCGCCGCCAUAGUCCAUGGACGAGAAUUGGUUCAGGGUGCACCAGUUAUUCCUGAUCAUGCCAAGGGAACACCAGGGGCUGCCCCAACAAUCUCUGCUGUUCUGGGGCCUCGACUCAUUGCUGCUCCUGCUGCUCAGAAACAGGAGGCAUUCGUGCCGCCGUGCUUCACAUUCAGUUCCAGAUCACCUCCCAAGGCUGAACCUGAACAACAUGACGAUCUAGCAAAUGCCUUCAGCAGCGCCUUCGACAGGCUUUCCUUGGGCAACGACCACCCUGUCCCUGGUCACAGUGCCACGGCUGUUGAAGCAGCCUCCUCGAACACUGGAUCUUCAUCAUCCCAAGAAGGAGGAGGUCGUCAGGAACAACAGUGAAGUGAUCAAUAACCUCGUCGCUCUGCAGCUCCAUCAUCACCUCGAUCAUGCAUGUACUUGCAGUGGUCAGCAGCGUCUGCCAAGUGCCAACCUCUGCUGCCACUUAUUCACUUGCCUCUCUUCGUUUCGGCAGUAAACUUUGUUAAUCCUUAUGUUGAAAUUUGGUCUAAAUACUAGGAGUGGAUCUGUAUUGUUUGGAUAUAUUCAUUGAUUUGUGAAUGUUAGAGACUGACUUUAUGUUCCUUA